AUGGAUCGAUUCUCCGCAAGCAGGACCCCGGUUUCGAGAUCUGGCAUGAUAGAGAAAAUCCAGGGACCCAAAAUAUGGAAGUUGGCAAUCAGCAGUAUAAAUGGCUCCAGCGCCAAGGGGAAAGAUCAACCCAACAGCGUCCUCUUUCUUUCUUCUUGGAAGGUCUUUAACGUCGCGACUUACGGUGCAAAGGGCGAUGGCAGUUCAGACAUUAGCCAGGCCUUGCUGAGUGCAUGGAAAGAGGCGUGCGCAUCCACCACUCCUGCUAAAGUGCUGAUCCCGGGGGGAACGUUCGCGCUGACGGAGGUUGCCCUGGACGGCCCCUGCAGCCCCGUGGAGUUCGAGCUCCAAGGCACAUUGAAGGCCCCAGCGGACCCGAGCCUCUUCAAGACCGACGGUUGGGUCGUGUUCCAACACAUUGACGGCCUCACCAUGUCGGGCGGCGGGACCUUUGACGGCCAGGGCAAGACAGCCUGGGGGCAGAACGACUGCGACAAGAACACGGACUGCCGUACUCUCCCCACCAAUUUGAGGUUCAACUUCGUCACCAAUGCCUUAAUCCAUGACGUAACGACGCUCGACAGCAAGAAUUUCCAGGUAAACGUCUUGGGCGCCAAGAACAUGACGUUCCAGAAUUUCCACGUGAAUGCGCCGGCCGACAGCAUCAACACGGACGGGAUCCACAUUGGACGGUCGGACGGGGUCAACAUCCUCGACAGCGACAUCAAGACAGGGGACGACUGCGUCUCCCUUGGUGACGGGAGCCGGCAGAUCACUGUCAGGGUGACCUGCGGUCCGGGCCACGGCAUCAGCGUCGGCAGCCUCGGGAAGUAUGAAAACGAAGAGCCCGUGGAGGGUGUCUUCGUCACGAACUGCACCAUCAUUGGUGCGGAUAACGGUGUGAGGAUCAAGACUUGGCCUGCGUCGAAACCCGGCACGGCUUCUGACAUGCAUUUCGAGGAUAUCCAGAUGGACAAUGUCCUCAACCCUGUGAUCCUAGACCAGGGAUACUGCCCAUUUGACCAGUGCAAAGCAGGGGUUCCUUCCCUUAUCAAGAUAAGCAAAGUCAGCUUCAAGAAAAUCAGGGGAACCUCAGCAUCCCAGGUCGCGGUGAAGGUCUUGUGCAGCCAAAGCGUGCCGUGCCAAGAAGUCGAGAUUGCGGACAUCGACCUCGUGUAUAAUGGCCCCGAAGGCCCCGCCACAUCAGAGUGUGCCAACGUCAAGCCUGUGCUCUCUGGCAAGCUAAACCCUGCGGCUUGUGCCAAGCCAAACAUUCCCACAAAGGUCAAGAUCUCAGAUGUGAGCUUUAGGGACAUCCGAGGAACGUCUGCAACACCACUUGCUGAGAAGCUUGGUUGUGGAAGAGGAGUGCCUUGCCAGAAACUGGAGCUUGCUGAUAUUAACUUGAGGUAUAAAGGGAGGAACGGGGCCGCCACGUCGCAGUGCGCGAACGUAAAGCCUACGAUCACCGGGAAAUCAUCCCUGCCCUCUGCGUGGGGUUGCGAAGUUGACCGAUCUUCAUAUUCACCGGGCAUGUGA